GGCGGCUGCGGCAUCGUCUUGGACGACGCCGCACGGACGACAACGGUCGACCCGACACGGAUGUGUCCGGAAAACGUGGUGCGCACGCCGCGAUCACAUAUCAAGGUGCCACCGCCGCGUCACGCCGGUCGCCGGCGGACCAGCGCAGUAUUCGGUUCGGCGGGUCGGCGGAAGUAGUGGCCACCAAAUGCGAGGCGGCGUUCACGUGUUUUAUGUUCAUGUUCAGGAGGAGACGGACGGCAUUAGCUAAACGCUUGUGGAAGGCACGGGUACGCCGAGACAAUGAAGCCAGGUGUGCGGAAAAGACCUCCUCGGCGUCCGCCGCAGCGGCUCAGCCACCGGUUGCAGGGGYGGCGAAAUCACCUCCGUCCGCGUACCCCUCCACGCCGGUCGACUCGGACGAACGGCAAUUCCGCAACGCUCUGUUCAAGCGGCUAGACGACAGGCAGCUGGAGACGCUGCUUCGUGCCGUGGACACCGGUGGCGUGGACGCGGCCGAGUGCGUGGCCGUCCGGCCGUUCUUAUUCGCCGACCCGGCUGUCAUAUGCUGCCGGCUGUGGCGGUGGCCCGACCUCAAGACCGUCGAACAGCUGAAAAGCACACCUUCCUGCCAGACCGCCAAACAACCCGACAUGUUGUGUUGCAACCCGUUCCACUGGAGCAGACGAUGUGAAAUCGAACGACCUCCGCCUCCCUAUUCAAGGUUCGUGAAGGAAAAACUGAAACCCGAAGAUCGUGCACCCAGUGAAUGUAGUUGGGAUAGUAAUGAUGACGAUCUUCGUGGUUCGUUUAGCACUGACGGUGACGAAAAACAAAACGAAUUAGAAUGGUGUAAAGUGGCGUAUUGGGAACUAUCGCAACGAGUCGGCAGGCUGUUUCCCGUUGAAACAAAAUCCGUGAAUGUGUUCUGGAAUGUCCCACUUGGCACGGGUUUGUCUCUAGCUGCCCUUACUCAACAUCAUUUUUCACCCGCGCAGGGGCCUCCGGAGUCAGUUCUCAGGAACAGGACCAAAAUUGGAUUAGGUCUAGCUCUGAGCCGAGAAGAAGACGGAGUGUGGGCGUACAACCUGAGUGACUGGCCGAUGUUCGUUAAUUCGCCUACGCUGGACGAUCCGGACAGCCAGUCUUAUCUGGUUUUUCGCGUACCGUCCGGCCACUGUCUGAACAUAUUCACGGGCAACCCGCACGGCGAUCGAAUACGCUAUUCAAAUGGCGCGCGAGUCGGACCCGUCGACCCGAACGCCGUACGCAUCAGUUUCGCCAAAGGAUGGGGGCCCAAGUAUUCCCGGCAGGAGAUCACGUCCUGUCCUACUUGGAUCGAAGUUCUGCUGGAUCCUUGCAGAUGACACAGGGUGACCGAAAAUGGAAUCUGAGAUGACAAUGUUAUUCUCGAAUUCUCAAACUAAACACUAGUUAUAAAGACUAAUUUUAUUGAAUUUGUGACUCAAACCAAAUUGUGUUAAACAUGUGCGUUUAAGUUUCGAGUUUGUCGAUCUUGUUUGUACAAUAAUAUUGUCUAUACGAGAUAUUUGAGCAAACUAAAUUAUUGUUUUUUUUUUUUUUUUUAAUUUUAAUUUUUGUAAAAACAAAGGAUACCAUUGUGAUAUUAGUUCAGCGUCCUUAACGACAGCUCUUUUUGUUAAGGGUAUGAUGCUAUUUUCAACACGUAAGGGAAACUAGAGCUUAAUGACAUCCACAUUCCAUGAAUUAAUAUUUUGAAAAUUUACCUUUUCUCCUUUAAACCCGUUUUUACAGAUAGUUCCUCCUCCAAUUUAAUGUAAACUAGGUUUUUGUAAUUUUUUUUCGUGAUCUAGUCAGGAUAUAUAAAAUUGACUGUUGAUCAAAAUUGGUUAAGGAAUUCAAAUAGAAUAGCGAAUACUAAAAAUUUGUAAUUUAAUACUAAUGUUUUUUGGAAAUUUUUUCAUAUAAAUUAAAUUUUUUUAGAUUUAAGAGAAAUAAAUGUGCCUUGUACCUUUUACAUGAAAAGCAUUAUUUUUUUAGAUGUUACCAAUUUGAACUAUUCAUUUCUUAUUGUAAAAUAAUAAAUACUAUUUUCUUAUAUAAAACUAAAAUGUAGACUAUAUAAUAUUAAAAUAAUAAUAUAUUGAACUGUUGAAAUAAAAAUAUAUUGGAGACAGACAGAAUUUUUCAUGGCUCUUGUUUUUUACAAUUGCCAUUAUGUAAUAGACUUUAUAAAAAAAAAAUUACCAGUUUAAUCUACUUGAAUUCUGUUCCUGUCUUGUGAC